AGUAUUUAAUUUGUAUGUUGUUGAGGUUAUGUCAUGUGUUUAAUAUUUACUAUUACAAAACACGAAGUAUUCGUUUAUUUUUAUUUUAAUAAGAUAUCACUAUAAUUAAAAAUGGUUGUCAAAAGUAAUAGUGAUCGAAUUUCCAACAGAUACGUAUUUAAUAGAAAGGCAGGACGUAGUAUAAUUGAACGUAGACCAGUUUUUUCACCGGAUGGAGAAUCUGUCGCAAUAAUCGUAGAAAACUUAGUUCGCGUGUACAGCAUACAAACAGGAGAUUGUGUACGCACACUUGAAACCGAAGUAUCUAUUAAUGAAUUAGUAGCUGUGCAAUUCCCGGAAGAUGAGGACUACAACUUGUAUGGGUGCUCUGAUGAUGGUUAUGUUACAACAUGGAGCUGGGAACAAGGUGCAGUUCUUCGAAAGACAAAACUUCAAAUACCAGAAAAUACUAAAAUAAUAACAUUCAAUUUAGCAGACAGUAAUGAAUGUUUUAUAAUUGCUGUUGAUGGAAAUCGUAAAUUGCACCUUGGAUCAUACUCGGUUAAAGAUGGAGGUUUAAUAUAUGAAUACAAAAAUCUGAAAAUCAAAUAUCAUGACAUUAUAUGUGUUUCUCUCGGUUGGUGUAAUAAUGACAGAUUCGCAGCUAUUACUAAUGGAACCAUGAUGCUUUUUAUUCAGAAUUUAAACCAGCCUCAUUUAAAAUUAGAGCUGAUAAAUAACAAUAAGUUUAGAAUAUUGUCUGUGGCAGCUCACCACAAAGAGAGUACAGUUGCUAUAACAGAUACUAUUGGCAGAGUAACUAUUAUCAGAGGCAAUUUGUAUAACUACAAAUCCAUAGCUAGGGAAGUGUUGCAUUGGCAUUUUUUACCACCAAUGGCAGUAUGCUUCUCUGUUCAAGGAAGUUAUCUCAUCUCUGGUGGCAUGGAAAACGUUUUAGUAAAGUGGACUAUAGGCCAUUUACAAAACAAAACAAAUGAGAAGGCAUUCAUUCCCAGAUUGCCGGGGAUGAUAAGAUACAUUACAACAAACAAUUCUCACAUUGCCAUUACACUAUCUAAUAAUUCUGUCAUCAUAGCAAAUGCUCAGAUGCGUGUUGUGUCGACGAUACUAGAGUGCGGUGGCUUGUCGCCGGUCUGCAAGGCGCUCGGAGCCGCCCUCGUGUACCAUAGGCCACUGUCUGCACUACUCAUGCCGGGCAGGACUGGACAUUUACAACUGUAUUCGACAACUACUGAUAAAGUACUUUACAAUAUUGACAUUACGGCAAUGAAUAGUAUUCCAUCAGAGAGACAGAACCUACUACCCUUAGAAACAGAAGUAACAUGUGCUGCUAUUAGUGCAGAUGGAUCUUGGCUGGUGACGUCGGAGUAUAGAAACGAUGGCAUAAAUUACCCAGAAGAGAAAUUAAAAUUCUGGGCUGCACAAGCAAAUAAUACCUCACCGUUCAAGCUCAACACUUGUGUUAACCUUUCGCACGGUGGAUGCAAUGUUGUAUCCUUGGCGCUUAACAAUAAAGGCGAAUUUUGCGUAUCGUCAGGAACUGACCAAAAAUUCAGAAUAUGGAAACGUGACAGUACCUCACAACAACAUCGAAAAAAAGUAGUCUGGGGCUGUCUCACUGCAUGCUACUACUCAUCGGGUAUAACUCACUUCCUCUCCAAUCCGGUUCUGAACAAUUUCAAAAGUGGAGAAAUACUGACGCCCGGAAAAAUCGAAAAUUUACCAUACAUGAAAGAAAUUAAUCGUAAAAAUGACGUUUUGAAGAGAAUCAUCAAUAUUCACAAGGAACACGAUUUUGUGGACACAAGUGUGGUCGAUAGGUAUGUUGGUAAGGAUGACGAGUUCGCUAUGGGCGGUGUUGCCAUAUCGCAAGACGGUUCACUGAUAGCCGCUUGGUUCGGUUCUAAAUUGACAUUGUGGGAUUCACAUCUGUGUAAUCUGAGAACAACGCUUUCACAUCCCGCUCUCCGUCCAAAAGGGGUUCAUGUCCAGUUUGGAAAUAAUGACGCUGCACAUUAUUUGGUGUGUACUACCGAGAACUGCGUAGCUGUAUGGAGUCUCCUGUCCUUAACUAUCAAAUGGAUGGUUCAGAUCAAAACCACUUGCUUAGUAUCAGAUCCUUUAUCUAAUAAAAUGGCCAUGGUCACCACAAACAAUGAUGUGUAUGUAUUUAGCCCUCACUCUUCGACUCCGUUGUUAAUUCAGAAGCGUUUGUUGAAUCCUGAGACCGGUGUAUUCAAGCAGUGUGUAUUCGGAACGUCUAUAGGUGAAGAUGUCAGACUUUAUGUAAUGAGAAAUGAUUCGGAAAUAUACUGCCUUGAGCCGGAGAAAUCGGAAGAGGGUCAACUGGAGGCGAUAUCGCAGCGCAGACUCCCCUCCUCCGCCUUCCACGCGCUGCUCGCACACAGACAAGAAGACGUGGCCCAGAACACAUACGCACAGGUCACACAAACACAGGAUGACUCGCUCGGAAACAACGCUAUAUCACAGUUUCUGUCAGCUGCACCCCAUAUGAUACCACCAGUGAGUCUCUUGUGCCCUCUAUUCCUCCAACACAUUUCUGGCUACAAAGAAAUCGAAGAGGAUGAAGAAGACGACGCUAUCAUGGAAAUCGACCCACAGAGCAGUGAUGAAGAAGAUACUGAAGUAAAAUCUAGUCACACGCCAAAAGCUGUACAACUCUGGGUACCUAAUUAUGAAGAAAUUAAGGAAAAUCGUUUGAAAAAAAUACUAAAAGAACCUUUAUUAGACUUACAUUCAACGUCUUCGUUGUUUGUUAAUAUUUUAAGUUGGACUAUUGAGGAUUAUUCCGAUCAACUUAUCGGUUAUCUCGGAGAACAUUUAAGCUUAACGGUCGUUAUUGAAGACAAAGGAAAUGUCAGACAGGUGAUUUAUUUUAUUAAAUGUAUUCCAAGACUUGACGAAUGGAAGGCUAAUUAUUUAAGAGAAACAAAAUUCUUUAACAAGGAAUAUGCUAUGCUAAACAGUUUGUUCAAAAUGUUUCGUGAUUCCGAUGGAUUAAAUAAGUGGCGACCUAAGCUAUUGCAUAUUAAAGAAGAGCUUUUUGUAUUUGAAGAUGUAACCCAAAGUGGCUAUACGAUGCCGAAUAAUCUAAAUACUUUAAAUUAUGAAGAAUUAAAGGCAACGGUAACAGCUUUAGCGAAAUUUCACGCUCAGUCGUACAUUUAUGAAGAGAUAAAGAGUCGGGAAUUAAAAAGACCUUACAAAAUUUGGGAAGAUUAUAGCGAGUAUUUAUGUGAACCAAGUAAAGGUCAAUCUUGGCGUGAUACUGGAAUGCAGGCUGCUAUAGAUUUUUUGAAAGUUUUCUCAGAAUAUAGGUCAAAACCAAAUUUUACGGAAUUAAUCGCUGAAAUAGUGCCCAAGCUUUUUAGCUCUGCCGAUGAACUUAUGAAACCAAGUUUGAAAAUAAGAAACGUAGUCAUUCAUCGUGACAUUUGGUCGAAUAAUAUUUUUCUAAAAAAAUUAGAGAAUAACAAGAUGCACGCACUUUUGAUUGAUUAUCAAACCGUUCUGUACUCUCCUCCUAUGCUUGAUUUGUCAUCUCUUAUAUAUUUCAAUACCACCAAGUCAUUCAGAAGAAAUUACACUAAAAGAAUUAUAGAGCAUUACUAUGACGAACUUAGUAAAGAAUUAAAAUUGAAAAAUAUAGAUAUAUUUUCAAUUGUGAACAUUGCAAAUAUGGAAGAAUUAUACAAAGAAAGCCUCGUAUUUGGUAUGACCCAAGCAGCAUUAAUAGUUCCUAUAAUAGCUAUGACAAAUGAAAGAAGAAAACAAUAUUUCACGGACCCUAAGUCAUGUUAUAGAAUAAACUGCGUAAGUCGUAGUCAAGAAUUUAUAGAACUUGCUAAAGAAAACGUGGAAUACCAGAGGCGUGUAAUCGAACUCUUAGACGAAAUAGUAGAAAGAUUUGUGUAUCCAUCUACAACUGCAAAUAUUUUUAAAUAG